GGCGGCUGCGCCCUGAAGAUUCCCUCCGGUGCCCUUUACCCUUUACCGUUGCGCGUUGCUCGAGUCUGGUGUGGAGUCAGGCGGGCUCUGCCGCCUCCAGCCAUGUUCUCUCUCCGAGGCUGCGGGCGCUGGGUCGCCGCCUCCCUCGCCAAACAGCACGUCCCGCCGCCGGCCCGGCUCAGCGGCGACAGCGCUAGCGCUGCGCCCGGGACCCCGCGCUACGACGUGGUGGUGGUGGGCGGCGGGCACGCGGGCACGGAGGCGGCCGCGGCGGCCGCGCGGUGCGGCUCCCGGACUCUGCUCCUCACGCACCGGGUGGACACGAUCGGUCAGAUGUCCUGUAAUCCUUCCUUUGGUGGUAUCGGAAAGGGGCAUUUAAUGAGGGAAGUGGAUGCUUUGGAUGGCCUGUGUUCCCGAAUCUGUGACCAGUCUGGUAUACAUUACAAAGUAUUAAACCGGCGUAAGGGACCAGCUGUUUGGGGUCUGAGAGCUCAAAUUGAUAGGAAACUCUAUAAACAGAACAUGCAGAAAGAAAUCCUAAAUACACCACUGCUUACUGUUCAGGAGGGAGCCGUAGAAGAUCUUAUACUUACAGAACCAGAACCUGAGCACACUGGGAAAUGCCGCGUCAGUGGUGUUGUUUUGGUGGAUGGAAGCAAAGUAUAUGCAGACAGCGUGAUUCUGACUGCUGGGACAUUUCUGAGAGGCAUGAUUGUAAUUGGAUUGGAGAUGCAUCCGGCAGGACGUUUAGGAGACCAGCCUUCCAUUGGGUUGGCUCAGACUCUGGAGAAGUUGGGGUUUGUGGUGGGAAGAUUGAAGACUGGGACUCCACCCCGAAUUGCCAAAGACUCCAUUAAUUUCAGCAUUCUAAACAAGCAAACACCAGAUAAUCCAUCCAUACCAUUCAGCUUUAUUAAUGAAACAGUGUGGAUUAAGCCAGAAGAUCAGCUGCCGUGUUACUUGACUCACACCAACCCUAGAGUGGAUGAGAUUAUCCUUGAGAACCUGCAUCUUAAUAGUCACAUUAAGGAAACUACAAAAGGACCCCGAUACUGUCCUUCCAUUGAAUCAAAGGUUUUGCGUUUUCCAAACCGUUUACAUCAGGUUUGGUUGGAACCUGAAGGAAUAGAUUCUGACCUCAUCUACCCCCAAGGGUUAUCUGUGACGCUGCCAGCUGAAUUACAAGAGAAAAUGAUCACAUGCAUCAGAGGCUUGGAGAAAGCUAAAAUGAUCCAGCCAGGCUAUGGUGUUCAGUAUGAUUACUUAGACCCCCGUCAGAUCACUCCUUCUCUCGAGACUCAUUUGGUGCAACGGCUCUUCUUCGCUGGACAGAUAAAUGGCACUACUGGUUAUGAGGAAGCUGCGGCCCAAGGUGUCAUAGCUGGAAUCAAUGCAAGUCUUCGGGUCAGACGCAAGCCUCCUUUUGUUGUUAGCCGGACAGAAGGCUACAUAGGAGUCCUGAUUGAUGACCUCACCACACAUGGCACCAACGAACCGUACCGAAUGUUUACCAGCCGAGCAGAGUUCCGUUUGUCACUGCGCCCUGAUAAUGCUGACAGCCGCCUCACAUUCCGAGGUAACUCUUCGCUGAGUCUGCCAACCAGGUUUACUCUUCUCUCAGACCUCUCUCAUGUUCUCUCCUGCCUUCUUCUAGGGUGUAAGGAAGCUGGCUGUGUGUCCCAACAAAGAUAUGAAAGAGCUUCUUGGAUGAAGUCUUCUUUAGAAGAAGGCAUUUCUAUGUUAAAAUCCAUUGAGUUUUCAAGUUCUAAAUGGAAAAAGUUAAUCCCAGAGGCUUCUAUAAGUAUGGGUAAAGUUGUAUCUAUCAGAGCUCUAGAUGUUCUUAAGUAUGAGGAAGUUGACCUGGAGUUAUUGGCAAAGGCUGUUCCAGGACCCUUGAAGAAGUACACUCAAUGUAGAGAGCUAGCUGAAAGACUGAAAAUAGAAGCCACUUAUGAAACAGUAUUGUUCCAUCAGCAACAAGAAAUAAAGGACAUUCAGCGAGAUGAAGCCCUCCAACUGCCGAAAGACCUGGAUUAUUUGACUCUCAGGGAUGUGUCUUUGUCCCAGGAAGUUCGAGAGAAGCUACAUUUCAGUCGCCCACAGACGAUUGGGGCUGCAAGUCGGAUACCUGGAGUGACACCUGCUGCCCUCGUCAAUCUGCUCAGAUUUGUGAAGACCAUUCAACAAAGACAGGCAGCUAUGAAUGAGUUGCCCAAAACUGGUCAAUGUGAUACAGACAGACUUGAAAAGAGACAGUUAUAGCUUUCUGUUCAUCAGAGACAUAAUCAAUGUAAGAGUAUAGGUAGGAGAUAAGUAUUUCUAUUAGAAAACCUUAUUAAUUAUUAUGGCUUUGUCAUUAAUGAAGAAGACAGAUAUUAUCAUUGUGCUUAGUUACAAACUCUUAAUUUAUACUCUUUCUCUCAGGUGUAUUAAUAUAACUAUUAAUAUACCUAUUAAUAUAACUUUGUGCAGAGCCCAUUAAAGAGAGAUAUAGUG